UUCCGAAGGUUCUACAGCACUCAACAUGUCCGAAGCGAAAAAGAAGCCGGCUGCACCCAAAAAGCCAGCCGACCAUCCACCUUAUUUGGAGAUGAUUAAAGCUGCCAUCUCAGCAUUAAAAGAGCGAAACGGCUCUUCCCGCCAAGCCAUCGAAAAGUACAUCAAAGGCAACUACAAGGUUGGUGAGGUUAACCCGCACUUAAAGAUGGCUUUGAAGAGGGGCGUUAGUAGUGGAAAGCUGGUCCACACCAAGGGAGUCGGUGCUUCUGGUUCCUUCAAAGUGCCCAAGGAGGAAAAGAAGGAGAAGAAGCCAAAGAAGAAGCCAGCUGCAAAGAAGAAGCCUGCUGCCAAACCAAAGAAGCCUGCCGCUAAGAAAGCAGCGAAGAAACCAGCGGCCAAGAAGGCUGCAAAGAAACCUGCCGCUAAGAAGCCAGCAGCGAAGAAGCCCGCAGCUAAAAAACCAGCGGCGAAGAAGCCAGCGACGCCUAAAAAGCCAGCAGCAAAGAAGUCGGCGGCUAAAAAGCCCGCCAAGAAAGCUGUGAAGAAAUCGCCAAAGAAGGCCGCCAAGAAAUGAGGAGAAUAUAAACUCAUUCAUUAAUCAAACGGCUCCUUUAGGAGCCACCACAUUUAAAAAAAGUUAUGACCAACUAAGUAUUUUACGCCGUCUUCGAUAAUCAUAGUUGAGUUUAAUUUUGGUUGUUUCCCCCACCAUAGUUUUACCCACUAAAGGUCGCUUUAUUGAGUUUUAAGAGAAGACCGUUGCUAUAAGAAGUGUAGAGCGCGUAGCGAGGUUCACACGCUUAAUUUUGGAAUAGGCACCUUAACCAUUUCAUGUCGUUUUGUAACAAUUUCUCUACAGACGCGCCAUGACAGCUACACCGAGUACACAAUGGUGUUAGCCUCGUCACGCAUCACGUUUUCUUCGUCUAACCCGAAAGAGCAAGAAGGGCUGGCAGUUUUUAAAAUCUUUGACAUCGCUCUGAAAAAUUAUCGGUCCCCUUGUGCGCUUUGUUAAAAAAUAUUUCUAGGCAAAGCCAUCAGUCUUAGCUUGUAGGUUCAAAAGUUUUCUAUUUUCUUGAAUCGUAAUGAGCGACUUUUGUGCUCCGCUUUCAAGCGUGAAAACAAAGCCGCGAAACCGCAAAACGCUUGCGAAGAAAAAACUUGCUAAUCCGCCACUCACGCUUUAGGCAAGGCCACUCACUAGAUUCGCAAACAAAUUGUCGCGAUAGUUGUUAUAACAGCACAUGUAUGAACUGAACAAAGCGAAAUUAAAAGGGCUGGCUUAGGUAAAUGACUCUACUACUCGCAGCCCGUUGAAUAACCACACGCACGUUUUUGCGUUAAAAAAUCUAGCCGCGUCAAGUACGUGGGUCCUAGGGAAAGCUUUAACUCCGGAGAUCUACUGUAGAUCGAAAACACU